GUUUUAAAGGUUGGGAUGGCAAUGUUUUGGUAAAACCACAGACCGUGAAAACAGAGCACUCAUUUUCAGUGUUGGCAAAAAUGACAAAAAAAUGCGUCAUGUGAUUGACCAUGUGAUCUUUUUUUAGUUUAGUGUCUCCUUUUUAAACUGUCAUGACACAGACCAAGAAAUUGACUGAUGUUUGAUAUAGAAAGUAUGGAUUGAUAUUGAUAUAGAUCAGAAUUAGUUCAAUUCAUAUUUUAAUAUAGUAUAAUUAUACUCCAUAUACAGUCAUACACAUAUAGUUACAAUGUCAGAGGCCCCUAAAGGUAUAUUAAGGAAUAAAAGAGAUUCCAAUCCAAAUAUAAUUGCUCCAGACCAAUUGGAUCGUCAGGAAGUUAUAAAGAAUACUCAACUUAAUGCUCAAUUGGCCCAACAAUAUUCCAGUGAAGGAGAUAAAAUAAGAGCUUUGUUAGCUGAAAAGAAGAAACAUGAUCAUGAUGGAGAAGAGGGUGAAGGUGGAGAACAUACUAAAGAAGGUGGUGAUGAUCAAAAUCAUGAUCAUCUUAAAUGGGAUGAAUUGAAUCUAUAUCAAACUGAACAAGAAAAAUCAGCCACCAUGAAGAUUGAUGAACCAAAGACUCCAUAUGAAGGUGGUUUCAACCCUGAUGGUGAAUAUUAUCGUGAUGAUCCUGAAGAUGGUUUGAAUGGUACUGAUCAAAUUCCUGAUUUUGAAUUAGGGGAAAGUGAAUUUGAUAAUCUGAAAGAUAAAAGUAAAAUAGAAUCCCUUCAUGGCGGAGAGGUGAUUAAAGAUCCAGAAUAUGAUGGUGAUGAAGAUAAUGAUGAUGAAGAGGAAGAAGAAGAAGUUUCAGCUGAAGAAAGACAUAAAAGAUUUGAAGAAAUGAGAAAGGCUCAUUAUCAUAUGAAAGGUGAAGUAUUACAUCAUAAAGUUGAUUUAGAUGAAUAAAACUAUAAAAUCAUAUAGCUUGAUUAAAUGUAUAUCUAAUUUUUUUUUUC